AUGGAACCUGUGAGAGAGAAUUUCCAUUUUAACCGUGGAAUGUACAUAUCUCGCGAGGGAGAAAAAUUCUCGCUGACGGAUUCCAUCAUGAUUUCGUUUGAAUUUGAAAUGCGUGGUAUGAAGUCAUUUUCUCCUAUUUUAAAUUGAUGACACACCGAAAUCACCCGACCCGUCCCGGAUUCUUGAGUUUUCCUAAAGGCGCGUGUUUUCGGUUGUGGCGGAAUUGUUCAAUAUAUUUUAACCCAAAUUCAUUAAUUCAAAAGACGUGUAACUUUUGCAAUUUGAAAGCUAUUUAGAAAAUGUAAGAAUAUGUUUGCUCAAAAUUAAUUCCAUAAAAUUUAGGACUGCAAAUGAGUUCAAGUCAACUCAAUUGAAUUAGUGAGUUGAAUUGAGUUUGAGUCGAGAGUAUAACUCAUCUGAGUUUGAAAUUAGUGAGUUACAAAAUAAUGAGUUUGAGUUGAGUUAUGGAAAAUUAGUUCGAGUUGACUCAUGAGUCAACUCAUUAAAGAUUUUGUUUACUGCCGGGUAUUCGAUAUUUUCACAUUCAUGAAAGCCAACUAUUAAAUCAGAAGUCAGCGAUUUGUGAUAAAAUUAUCCGAAUCUUUUAAUCGCAUUCUCUAUCCAAGUACCUGGAGCUUGUAUUUACUGGGCUGGUCGAAAAAAGUAUGUAAUUGUUUAAAUCUUGCAAUCCUUUAAAUGAAAAAUUAUCCUGUUAUUUUUUUUAAUACACCGUCCCCAUACAUGUAGUCAUUACAUAUUUGUUGUUAGCUUAUCCGAAUUAUAUAUUACUGACACAAUUUUAUAUUUGCAUUUACUAUUUCUCAAGGAAUUCAUCAUCAUGUGUAGGAAUGUCAUGAAAAUUGUAAUUGGUGGCUGCCAAUAUCGUUCUCAACGGUAAUUUAAUUUAAAAGUGAUUUUUAACCCUUUUGGACGUAUUUAUUUAAAUAAACAUGUUACUCUAAAAAAAUGAGUCCACUCAUAUAAUAUGAGCUGAGUUUGAGUCGUUAACAUUUGAGUUCAGUCGAGUUUGAGUUGAAACGUAUUUGAGUCGAGUUGCGUAUGAGUCGACGAUUUUUCUUAAUGAAUUGAGUUAUCCCUCAACUCAGCUCAACUCAUUGGCAGUCCAAAUAUAAAACUGUGUUUUUAAUAAAAACCUCUAUAGUUUGAAAUUUUCAUGCAUUUCUGAAUUUUGAAAAAUGCAACAAACAAGAAAUUUUGAAAAAUCAAAACUUUUGAAAGUAGAUUUUUCAUAAAGAGCUCAAUCUAAUUCUGUGCAAGAGUGAUUUUUCAUUUUUAAAAUCAGAUAAAAUUUGAAAAUUUACAGUAUUUCGUAAAACAGUUAUUUUGGCUGCAAAUUUAUUAAAAAAUUCUGCCACGUGAAAGCGUGGUGAAAACGCUCGCAUUGAAGAAAAUGGGAAAAUCGGGAUCCGCUUAUUUCUUUAUGUGAAAAACUUAAAAUUUGUCUGGCCAAAAUCGGGGAAAACCGAUUUAUGCCCAUGCAUUUUUAGUUCACACAAAGUUGUGAUGGUAUCUGCAGGCUAGGAAUCUGUAAUCUUCCCCCUCGCAAAAAAAUGUCAAGGUCUAAAUGGAAAUUUUCGCGCACGGAUUGCGCUACAACUUCGCUUAAACUGAGCAUUAUGGAAAAUGCUGAAACACGUGUUUAAUUAUUUAUGUAUCUAAUGCUACAUACAUAAUUACCUAUCCUGGUUCGUCAAAAUCGGAGCGAGAUCGUCAUCGCGUUGUUAGACGCGUAAAACUUUAACCCAUGAGUUUUAGGUUGAAAGAGUAAAAUGGAAACAGGAGUAAUUCAUAAAGUAAGAGGUAUUUAAAAUAUUGAUUCCUCGUUUUGUUAACCUCUUUUGCACUACUGAUUUUUUAAUUAAAUUUCCUACGACGUUGAUUUCGUAAUUACACUUGAAACCAAACAAUUAAAAUUUUUUACCAGUUUCUAAGUUCCACUUUCUAAAAUCCACUUUCUCAAAUUGGUCGAUAUAUGUAGGCAAGAUUACAAUUUUUACACGCUAAAUAAUGAUGUAUACAACCACUUGAGGAAAACGAAAUUGUGGAAAAUUUGCCCAACCUUGAUGAUAUAUUGCUAUAAUGAAGUAUAAAAAAUAGUCAAUUAGCUUGUACAAAAUUUAUUUUACACAGUCUUGGACAAAUUUUAUUCAAACGUUUAGUUAUCAUGAUUUUACUCAAUGUUGUAAAAACUUUGCAUAAAUUCCUGAGUAAUUGUUGUACAACAUUGGGGAAGUAUUGACCAACUCAGUUGGCUGUUUAACGCUCAUUCAAUCUGGGGAGAAUUUACUCAUUAAGAGAGCAAAAUCAUACCACACAUUGAGCAAAAUUCAGUCAAAUGUUGUGGUGGUUCAGCCCGGUUGCGGCGGUCUUUGUCAGUUGGAAGCACGAGACCAACAGAACCAGUCAAAAAGAAUUAAUUUUGCCAUUUUGAGUUGCAAAAUUAAAUUUACGCCAAAAUGGGUGAUUUUGUUGAAAAAGUUCUCGAGAUUGCAGGGCUGGUGGAACUCAUCGCAACAUUCAAAGAUCAAGACGUGGACGAAAAUGUGCUUCGCAAACUGCCAGAUUGCCAAGUCGGAUCGCUUGAAGAGCGUCUUUUAGCUGAUAUCGUUCCAUCAAUUGGACGGAGGCUAAAAAUUAUUAAUGCAAUCAGGGAAGUCGCCGCCGUAAGUACCCUUCAAAAUAAACGACUGUUUAAUUGUAGCAUUUGCAAAUCAAAUUUCCAAGAAUUCAAUACAUAUUGGAAUCAUUUAAUAAGUUUUCACGAAAUUAGUAAAGGAACGGCUAGAAUUAAUUGUCCUUUGUGUUCUACAAUUUUUACUAGCACCGAGACACUUAAAAAUCAUGUAAAACUCUUUUGUCCAAAGAAUAGAAGUAGAUCAGUAAAUUCAAAUCUAGCUAUACGUCAGGAUAUUUCUCAAAUUACUGAAGAGGAAAUUGGACCUAAUUUGUUGGCAGAUAUUACUACAGACUAUAAAUUAGCUUUUGUCAAAACACUACAAAUGUCGGGUUCAAUUUCAUUAGUAAAGUCAGCUGAAAUUUUAUCAUCUGCAAAUUCUCUAGUAAAUAGCAUUGUCGAUAUUGCUAAAAAUUUUGUUAAUAAUACCACUGAGAAAGAUGAUUUGCUAAUUAAGCUGAGUACACUAAAAGAUCCUUUUCAUAACUCAAACUGCUCUCAAUAUUUAAUUGAGAAGAGUUUGAAAGAUCAAAAAAUUUAUAGUGAGGCAACCGAAAUUAAACUUGGGUCACAUUUUAAAUUCGAUGUGGUAGCUGGGUCGGUAAUAGAAAAGUUUGAUUUCAUGUAUUAUUUUGAUUUGCGGAAAAGCUUGCCAAUAAUAUUGUCUCAUUAUAAACUUGUAUGUAAUUUUGUGUUAGACGACAGUAAUAAUUUCAAUCUUUUCUUAAAUUUUAAAUCUGGAAAAUACUUUAGAAAAUUGGACGGAAAUCCCCUUUGCUUGCAAAUUUACUACGACGAUAUAGAAAUUUGCAAUCCACUUGGUGCCAAGGCUAAAAUACAUAAGUUGGCAAUGUUUUAUUUUAUAAUUGCAAACUUUCCACCUCACUUCAAAUCUCAGUUGUCAACCAUUUUUCCUCUUUUAAUUGUAAAGUCAAAAUUAUUGAAGGAAUAUGGUAUCAACAACAUAUUGAAACCAAUGGUCGAUGAAUUUAAAAAAUUGUCUGUAAUUAAUCCACAAGAUAUUUUGUUAGAGUUGCCAUUCACACACGUAGUUUUGCUCCAAGUUUGCGGCGACAAUUUAGGCCUACAUUCCCUACUGGGAUACACGGAAGGGUUUAAUGCUAAUUACAGGUGUAGAUUUUGUAAAGGUAACAAGCAUUUUACCCAAACCGCUGUGGAGGAAGAGAUAUCACUACGUCGGAAUAUUGCUAAUUAUAGCUCGGAUUUGGUGCUUGGCGACAUUUCUUUAACCGGGAUACGAGAGGGGUCAAUUUUAAAUGAAAUUUCCUAUUUUCAUGUCACUGAAAAUUAUGCCCCAGAUAUUAUGCAUGAUUUUUUUGAAGGAAUAUGCAUAAUUGAGUUAAAAUUAGCAUUGGACUAUCUGAUAAAGACCAAGAAAAUUACUCUGCAACAAAUUAAUCAUCAGAUUUCUACCUGUUUCAAAAAGAAUAGUCAUAAAGUAAACAAAUUUCCUGAAAUAAGUCAACAAUUUAUUUGUGAUGAAAAGAAAUCUUGUUUCUCUGCAUCAGAAAUGAACAACUUUUUUCUUGUAUUUCCGGCAAUUUUUUUGGCUUAUUUUGACGAUGACAAAAUGCUAAAUUUAAUUUUGAAAUUAAGAAGAAUUAUACGAAUUAUUAUGGCACCGUUAAUUUCCCGUGAAGGUGUAUCACUUUUGCGAUAUUUAAUUUCUGAUCACCACCAGCUCUAUAUUAAUUUGACUGGUAAUAAUCUAACUCCAAAAUUUCACCACAUUUGACACUACCCUCACGCAAUUGAGCAGCUGGGUCCGUUAAAAAAUUUUUGGUGCAUGAGAUUGGAAGCAAAGCAUCGCUUCAGCAAAAUUGUGGGGAAAAAUUCUUACAACUUCAAAAAUAUAGCAAAAUCUGUGGCAAAACGGUUAUCUUUGAAUAUGGCAUUUUCCAUUAAUUCUUCGAAAGGUGACGGAAUUAUGCAAAUUAAGUUUGGUGGAGGAGUUAGAAUAAGGUUGGAUGAAUUAAAAGGAAAUUUUGACUUUUCAUUACUAAAUAUAGGUAGCGAGGAAAUAAUUUUAUCAAUCGAGUUUGUAAGUGCGAAAGGUACAAUAAUUUCUCGUCAUAAAUAUUUCAUUCUAGGGAGUAAUGAGAAUCAGCUUCAAUUCUGCCAAGUUGAACUUUGUUUUGUGCACGAUGAUCAAGUUUAUAUUUGUGUUUCUCCAAUUACUUGCGUGGAAUUGCUUCACAAUUCUUAUCUCUUUAAAGUAACUGGUAAAAAAACGGCAAUAAUAAUUAAACCUGAAUUAUUAGAUUUGGAGCACCCGUUGAUUGUGGCAAAUACGAGCUCGGAGUAUGACGUAAUAUGUUGCCCGAUAGAAUUAGUUUAGAUUAAUUUUAGCAUAAAUUAAUUUUAAUUUAAUUUUAGGAUUAAAUUAAUUUUGUUGUUUAGCUUUUUUUGUACAAUAAUAGAAAUCCAGUGAACAGCAGCUGGCAUCGA